AUUGAGGAUGUGAAUGACCACAAUCCAGAGUUCUUUCCAAAGCUCUUACAGUCUUUCAGUGUAUGAGGAUGUACCUCGUGGAUCAAGCCUGCUCAGAGUUAAAGCAAGUGAUCGAGACAUUGGGUCAAAUGGGCAGGUGCGGUUCUUUAUUUCAGAGAGCGGGUUCAUGGUAGACUCUGUUCUAGGCGUGGUCUCAGUAAUAGACAAGAUGGAUCGUGAGAAGAAGCCUUUCUACAGUUUUUCAGUCCUAGCAGAAGACCAGGGAGAUGUUCAAAGGUCUGCCACAGCAACCAUCAACAUCACAGUCCUAGACGUUAAUGACUGCGGACCUGUUUUUUCAUCCGAAUCACUGACAUUACAUGUCUUCGAAAAUGGGGAAGACUCUUCUCAGCACACCCACCAGAUAUAUGCCUCUGAUGAGGACUUGGGAGUUAACAGUCAGCUGACAUAUUCUAUAGAAUCAGGAAAUGAUCAGAGUCUCUUCUCACUUCAUUCCAAUGGAACGUUCCAAAUCUUAGAAGAUCUUGAUAGGGAAGUGAAAAGCCAAUACAUGUUGAAAGUUAUUGCUGUUGAUUCAGGAUUCCCAUCACUGACAAGCACAGGCACCUUGGUUAUUGUUGUUGAUGAUGUCAAUGACAACGCUCCAAUAUUUGACAAUGACACGUUCAAUAGUCACAUAUUGGAGGAUUCUCCUGUUGGGACGGUUUUUUGGAGAAUUACAGCUUCAGACUUGGAUAAGGGUACAAAUGGACAACUAAGAUAUUCUUUAGAAGGCCCAGAUGUUCCUUUCUCCAUCAAUGAAACAUCUGGAGAUUUAUUUACCAUAAGUGCCUUGGACAGAGAGGCAGUGGCUUUGUACAGAUUUUUGGUAACUGUCAUUGACGGACAUCCCACAAAGCCUCUUUCCAGCUCAGCUGCGGUUUCAGUAAAAGUUGAGGAUGUGAAUGAUAACUUUCCAUCCUUUCUUUAUGGACCAUAUGUGGCCAAUGUUCCUACUGGGAUAACCAAAGGAUCAGUUGUCUGCACAGUGAUGGCAGAAGAUGCAGAUGCUGGAUUGAACGCAAAACUAAAUUUUUCUCUACAUGGCCAACAGGCCCAUCUCUUCUCAAUUAACCCUCGCACAGGAACAGUGUUCACUACAGAUUCUGUGAAGAGAAGAAAUGACAUCACAGUUGAUGUUCAUGUGCAGGAUGGAGCAGAUAUGCCAAAAAUGGACACAACAACCUUGACUGUCAGAUUCCAGAAUAACUCAUACUUUCCUCAAAUUGCAAUCCAAAUAUAUAAAGAUAUUCUCUCAGAGGAUGCAGCUACUGGGACACUUGUGGCUAUAGUGACCGCAGAAACAUUGAGAAAUGUACCAGUGUCUUUCUAUCUGGCCUCUGGAAACUUUGGAGAAGUUUUUGAGCUUCACCACAGUACUGGCGAGCUUACUGUCAAGGACCCCUUAGAUUUUGAAACCAACAUGCAUUUUCAUCUCGUGGUUGAAGCCAGAGACUCAGGGAUACCGCCUUUUUCAUCAUAUGGCGAACUUCAUAUUAAUGUCAGUGACGUGAAUGAUAACCCACCGGUGUUCUCGCAAAGCAUCUACAGAUGUGACAUUUAUGAGAACUUAGCUUCAAGUAGGGUGUGUAGUGUGUUAUCAACGGAUGCCGACUCUGGAGUGUUUGCAGAGGUGGAGUACUUCAUUUUAGCUGGUAACAUUGGUGGUGCAUUUAAAAUAGACAAAAAUCAUGGUAGUCUUUCCACAACAAAGCGUUUAGAUCGAGAAAAUUUACCAUACUAUAAUCUCACUAUCAAGGCCAUUGAUAAAGAAAACAACAGUCUUUCGGCUGUUGCAGCAGUUAUCAUCGUAGUUCUCGACACAAAUGAUCAUGCGCCCCGCUUCUCACAGAUUUUCAUCGCAGAGGUUCCAGAGGAUGCCCCCGUUGGCUUUUCAGUUAUUCAGAUAACUGCUACAGAUGAAGAUGUUGGUCUAAAUGCUCUCAUUGAAUAUACAAUCAUCGGCCAAAAUAGUGAGUUCCCGUUCAGUAUUGAUAAAACCACUGGCACUUUACUGGUACUGCUUCCUUUGGACAGAGAAGAUCAAGAUCAUUAUAUAGUGAAAGGUUAA